GCGACGGUUGUGGUUAUGGUGGUUGAUUGUGUUGAUUUUGAUGGUUCCUUUCCGAAGCGAGCUGCUAAAUCUUUGUUUAAUGCACUAGAACAAAGCAAGGAUGGCUUGAAACAAAGUAAGAAGUUGCCAAAGCUUGUUCUUGUGGCUACCAAGGUUGACCUUCUCCCUUCUCAAAUUUCCCCUGCGCGUUUGGACAAAUGGGUUCGACACCGUGCUAAAGCUAAUGGAGCACCUAAACUGAGUGGAGUUUACAUGGUAAGUUCCCGUAAAGAUUUAGGUAUUAGAAAUUUGCUGGCAUUUAUUAAAGAAUUGGCUGGUCCUCGAGGAAAUGUGUGGGUUAUUGGGGCGCAAAAUGCAGGGAAGUCGACAUUAAUAAAUGCAUUUGCUAAGAAAGGAGGUGUAAAAGCUACAAAGCUUACAGAAGCUCCUGUACCUGGAACUACUCUGGGAAUCCUGAGAAUUGGAGGAAUUUUGUCAGCCAAGGCAAAGAUGUAUGACAC